CUCAACAGGAUGGCGCGGCCCGGGGUCCCCUGAGGGGCGGCGGCGGGGAGCCCCCUGUCUCUGGCGCCAUGCAGCAGCAGCAGCCCGGCGGCGGCGGCGGCCUCUCGCCGACCAAGACGCUGACGUGGCGGGACCUGGGCGACCAGGCCUCCCGGCAGCGCUCGUGGAUGACGGCCCCCUUCGUCACCUUCUCCUCCCUCCUCGUCGGCCGCCAGGAUGACGACCUCCCCAAGGAGCUGGAGGAGGCGGAGCGGCCCGGCCCGGUCUCCGAGGAGGAGGAGGAGGAGGAGGGCGAGGAGGAGUCCACCGAGUCCGAGCCGGAGCCCGAGCCCGAGCCCAUGGAGGAGGAAUUUGAUGGCGUGCUGGACGAAGACACUGUCGCCGGAGCCCUGCACAACCUGGGCCGUUCAGCCCCUGGCACAGAACAUGUCUACCUCAAUCUCUCGCUGACCGACCGCUUGCUAAGCGAUGUCAGCGUCCUCUCCAAAUACAUUCACCUCGAGAAGCUGGAUCUCUCCCACAACAGAAUUACUGGCCUCUCCUGUGUCAGUCACAUGCCUUACUUGCUGGACUUGGAUGUUUCCCAUAACGAACUGACCACAUACUUUGACUUCAAGCCACCUAAGAAUCUCCAGGUAGCAAAUUUUUCGUGCAACGAGAUCCCAGCAAUGCGAGACCUUUCCGCCUACCAGUCACUUAGAAAACUCAUCCUGGACAAUAACAAGAUAGAGGAGAUCCGGGGCCUGGAGAAGUGUCAGAGCCUGACUUACCUCAGCCUGGCGAACAACAAGAUCACGGCGAUCUCCGGCCUGCAGAAACUGCCCAUCAGAACCCUCUGCUUGAAAUCCAACCUGAUCGAAAAGGCCGUUGGCUUGGAAGAGCUGAAAGGCCUGAGGACCUUGGACCUGUCCGGCAACCGGAUUAGUAGCCUGGAGGGUCUGGAGGAGCAUAACCUGCUCGAGGAGAUCAACCUGGAAGACAACCAGAUCAGUGAGCUGGGGGAGCUGGAGUACGUCGAAACCCUGCCCCUCCUCAGGACACUCAAUUUGAUGGACAAUCCCGUGCAGCAACAGCCUGAUUAUUGGUUCUUGGUCAUUUUCAUGCUUCUCCGGCUUACGGAGCUGGAUCACAAGAAAAUCACCGUGGAGGAAAAGGUUGCGGCUGUGAACAAGUACGACCCUCCCCCAGAAGUGGUGGCAGCCCAGGAUCACAUGACCCACGUCAUGUACAGCAUGAUGCAGCCGCAGCGGAUCUACGACAGCACUUUGCCAAGCCUUGACGCUCCUUACCCCAUGCUGGUGCUGACCGGUCCACUGGCCUGCUGGAAGCGGGAACUUUGCCACAGGCUCUGCAGGAAGUUCAACAACUAUUUCAGAUACAGCCCCUGUCACACCACAAGGACAGCUUAUUUUGGAGAAGAAAAUCGUUUAGAUUACUAUUUCGUGUCCCAGGAGGAGUUUGAUAAGAUGUUGCGGAUGGGGAAGUUUAUUACCACUUUUAAAUACAGAGACUUUCAGUACGGACUCGGCCGAGAAACUAUUGAUUCUAUCGCUCGGGAAGGGCUUGCGACCUGUGUUCAUAUGGAAAUAGAGGGGGUGAGAAGCCUAAAGAAUUCCUACUUUGAACCCCGCUACAUCCUGUUGAUCCCAAUGAACAAAGAAAAAUACGGGGGUCACCUGCGGAGGAUGGGCCUCUUCAGCAGACCGGAGAUCGAGGAAGCUGUCCAGAGGGUGGACAUGUACAAGAAAGUGAACCAGGGCUACCCAGGGUUCUUCGAUGCGGUCAUCAACGUAGAUAACUACGAUGAAGCAUUCACCAAGCUGGUCCGCCUCAUCGAGGAAUACCUGGGACUGGUGAAGCCUGCGGAGUCAGAAGCGACAGUUCCUGCAGCAGACAGCAAAGCAGGUCCAGCUCCUGAAAAAACGGCAGACAAAAAAACGGCAGCCACCGUCAAAGGCAACGAUGGUGUAGCCCAGGGGUCCACGACAAGUGAAUUCUUGGAUUCAUCAGCCAGGAAUUACGCUGCCAGAAUAUCAGCCAAGCUUUCGGAACAAAAAACACCAGUGGAAGAGGCCUCUCUGCAAAGGCGGCAACAGAUGGCUCAGCAGGGACUGAUGGGGAAAGCGUCUAGCGGCUACUCCCAACUCUUUCUAUGGGACGGCACCAGCCCCGCACUGGCAGCCGGCACGUAUCUGGAGCCCGCCUCUGGCACCCCCCGAGGCAGCCUCAGUCCGCAGCACGCUGGCUCCUCAGACCGCAGCCUCCAGCCUGCCAGCCCUGGCCAAAGCACCAAAGACUCACGAUCUCCAGCUCGGGUAUCCCACGGCUCAUCGGGCGUAGUGUUUUCAUCCAGCAGUUCGUCCGGCAAGACAGUCCUCAGUGUUUCACCAGGCGACGUGGCCGAUGGCGAACACGUGGAUGGAAAAGAGCUGGACGUUCCUCCCGUCAUCAAAGAGAAGAAGCCACCGAAAUCCAAGACUGCCUCCCCUCGCCUUCCCCAAGUCACCAUCCGGCCGGGGUCCAACACCAAAGCCGUGCUCCCUCCCAUCCCGUCGGGACAGAAAAAGACAAACCCGUAGUGGGGCCGCUACACCUUUCCCCAGCUGCCUCGCUCGUAGUUGUCCCCCUCCGGUCUGUCCCCCUCCACGAAAAAUCUGCACGAAACUUCUCCAUUCCUGAUGGCCCAGGGUGGAUUAGUCUCUCCUGGAACACAGGUCCUGAUCUGCUUGGAACAUCUCUUGGGUGGAGCAGGCCACGCAUAAGAGGUGCAGAAUCCCUUGGCGAGGGGAGAACGUGGCUACGCCUAACAAAGAUUAGCACCUUCGUUUUCCUAGUAGCGCGAAAUAUUCGUCCGCCCUCCUUUGGAAAGGUCCGAAGUUGCCCUUUAGGCACCCGUGGCUUCCCUGUAGCUGUUUCAAGGCCGGGGGCAUCUGGGUUGGGGAUUGGCUUGUGUUGUAUAGACUGACGAUUUUUGUAGUGCUACGUUUUUCCCUGAAGGAUGAAACGGUUUAUUGUGUUUCUAUAAAGUAACAGA